AUGGCAGACACCCGUGUGCUUCCCAGUGGUAAAGUGUAUCGUCAAAUGUUUGAUGCCCAGGUUCAGUUGUCUCUGGCUCUUUACGACUCGCGGAGGAAGCGCGCUGCCGAUGAGGGCGACGGUGAUGGUCUUUUGAGUGGAGAUGCAGCGGACUCCGCGUCACAGCACCUCAAUGGGACAUACAACACGGCCACUACAAGGAACUUUCUUUAUUCCGGUGGAAAGAGAAGUGAAGACCAGGAUGAUAGUGAAGUGGUUUGUGGUCUUCCAGACAUAGUUGUUCCAGAUAAAAAAAACUCAGACAUCAUUGAUCGUCUUAAGGAGAAAAGGCAGAAGGAUCACAAUGAAGCUGUUUCUCAGUUGCAGGCAGAUCUUUCCAGCAUUAAUCUGGGUAUUGAACCAUUAUUUAGACAUACUGGAAAUGAUAUCUUACUCAGACUGUCAGAGUAUAAUGACAAUAUUGAAAGAAUUAUGCAGAAUAUUGAAAACAUCUGUGACUUAACAGCACACAGCUAUCAGGACUUGCAUGAAAUCAGGAACAAAGUCUGCUGUGAAUCGUCCUUGAAAACAAAGUUGAUUAAACAGCUGGAUGAGAUAUAUUCCAAAUAUGAGUCUGAGAGAAAAGCCAUGAUAUCAGCAUUACUGAGAAAGUACACUACAAAACUGGAGAAAAUCUGUUAUUUGAUGCCCUGUGAUGUCCACAGACUGAUUGAUAACGAAGCCAUGAUGAUAAACCAAGCUCUGCUAGCAAAUCGACGUGCUUUGGCCAAACUGCAUUUGAAUUUGAUGGAGAAACAUCUGCAGAUGGAUGUUUUCCAAAGGCUGAAAUGGGAGGAAAAGCUUCAAGAUUGGAAAAGAAUAAAACUUAAUGAUGCAAUAAGCCAGUUUAAAGACUUUAUGAACAGCCCUCAAGUUCAGAACCCUAAAAACAUUCAAGAUACUCUGAGAACACUAAAGUCAGAACAGAAAACACUGAGUGAGAAACGCAUCCAAAGCUUAAAGGUUCUUAGGGACAUGACACCUCCUAGAAUCUCAAAGUCAUCAGUUACAGAAUGGUAUUUAGAUCUGUCUGUUAUCAAUGAGCAGAUAGAUCGUAUUCACGUUGCCACAAUGGAAACACUUCAUAAAAUGUAUGACAAUAACUGGCAAGUUUGUUUGGCACAGGUUGAUCUAUUUAGGACUGAGAUGUCCACAUGCGGUUUCACUUUGGAUGAGAUACAGAAUUUUGUAAACACUGAUAUAUUACCUCUCAUUGGCCCGUGUCAGUCACAAACGAAGGUCUAUUUGGAAAAACUAGAUAAAGCUUUUGAAAGUCUGGCCAGAACUACGGCUGACCAGAGCAAGUGCUUAUUCGGGUUAAUGUGUGGGGCAGCUCAGCUGUGGGAGAUCCACUACAAAGGCCUGUUGAGCAGAGAACAGCAACUGCAAAAUUCAUUGGAGGUCAUCAGUCAAGUCCAUUACCAAGAGAACCAGAGGAAAGAGGCCCAACUGGAUAUGAUGUUAGACAAACUCAGACAGGAAAGUUCAGAAGAAGCUUUGAAAGCCUCAUUAGAGAAAAUACUAACCUAUCUGGAUGAAGUUAGGAAUGGGUAUGCGCAAACCUAUAAGGAGGAAGUGGAAACUGUGGAGUGUUACCCUUCUACAGUACUACAGGAACUACAGGCAUACAGUCUUUCUGUUAGCCAGUUUUUCAGUGUUGAAGAGGUUUAUGGUCAGGACCAGGAUUUUUGCCAAAUUUACCCUUCUCUUAAACUUGAUCAAAACAUAAAAACUGGUAAAAACGUAAAACACAAAGAUGCACCAAAGUCAUAUUUCAACAAACAAGAAAGCUCAAACUUUGACCUGUCCUGUGCAACGGAUGACCAACAUUGUACGGCUUUAGCAUUUUCAUUCUCAAAGACCAAAGAGACUCUGAUCACCGCGAAAGGAAAUGUGUACAACUGCUUUGAGUUUCACACUACUAAUGAUGAGGAAGAGGAGAUAAAUUUAAAGGAAACUGAUUUGGUUUUAUAUCCAAAGACUUUAACUGUUGAAGUCCUAAAAGAAGUAAGACAAACAUUUUUUAGCAAUCUGGAAGAGAGAUUUCACAUUAUUCUAACCAACACAAUGACUGUUGUGGAGGCCAAGAAGGAGAAACUGAAAGCUGAAUUUGACCUUCGUGUCCAGCUACACCAAACUCGUGCUGUAAGAAUCGAGAUGGACAUUCACAGUGUCAGAGCAGCUGAACUAGCUCACCAUCGAGAACGUGUGGAUCAACACUGCAGGGGUAUACAGCAGGUCCUCGAAAACUCCCAGACAGACUUACAGAUGCUACAGGUCCAGCUGAAUAAACUGACUGAAGACUUUCAAAUGCAAAUCUACAAAAGAGAGAAAGAUUUCAUCGUUGGCACUAGUUCUGAAAAACUAAAUAGACUUUGGAACUCACUUCAAUCCAGCCUGGACAAGCUCAUCAGUGUUAUCCAGAUUUCACAAAGAGACUUCAGACAAAAGAUUGAGUUCAGGAUGGAGGGUCUGAGGGAAUCAAAUGUUCAGAUAAUGAGAUCGUUUAAAUUGUUUUCUGAUGGCGGGAAUUUUACACCCCAAGAAAUUGAGGUCUUUCACUCACAACUGGAAAAGAUGGACAAGCGCAUUGAUACCACAGAGGGGGUCGUAAUACAAGACAUGGAGGAAAGAGAAUCAAAGUGUCUGGACCAGGCCAAAGAUAUUUUCAGGAGGUUUGGGGAAAAAUUCAGUUUUCAUGCGAAUGACCUGAAGUUUCUUGAAAAAAUGCAACAAAUUUUUACCAACACACGAGUCCAGAUAAAAAGCGAGGCUUUGAAAAGUAAUAUGCAGAAAAAGAUGAUUGAUAGCAUGCUGCGUGAUUUAAAACAAAUGACUGCUGAGUAUUACCAACCAUGCCCUGAUAAGAAGAUUGUAACCGUAGUGGAGAUAACCAGUUUAACAACUUCUCUGAUGGAGGAACUAAAGAAGAGGUGUCAGUACCUUGACUGCUUUUUGGAUCCAUCAAUGGCUGCCCCCCGACCAGAGACUCCACUUCAGGGGCCUUUUGCAGUCGCAGCCCGCUCCAGAUCCCGUACACAGGAAACCACAGGCAGUCCAGAUAGAGAUGGCCUGCUACACCCUAGUCACAUUGGAUCGUCUUUCCUGGAUGAUGCUGCAGUGGGAGUUAUUAAAGGCCUACUCAAGGUAGGUAAAGUUAAAGACCCCAAGGAAGAAAACUUCGACUCAGCAGAACAACAUGCUUCAUCAGCAAGGUUAAAUUCACCACAUGGAUCAGGUCGAAGAUCAGGAAAGAGCCUCAGUCAGUCUGGAAUAGAAACUGUCCGCAGAAAGUCAGUGGAGUCAAUAAAUAUACAGAGUUCUGUAAGUGUAAAGAGGUUCCCAAAACUCAAUCGAUUUGACAAGAAGUACCUUAUUUUUGGCUCAAAACCCGAAGAGCAGAAGGACAUUGUUUGCUUCAAAACCUCAAUUACUGGUAUUCUGUGGAAAGCCAAUGAUAUUCUUCUUAUGGUGGCAGAGGAAUUCUAUAAGAAGAAGAAAGGCCCUACCACACGUCCCGAUCAACUGCAGGAGACGUUUGAUCAGUGUGCAGAGGAGAUGCAUAAAAGACUACUGAUCUACCAGAGCCAGGCACAUGACUACCACAACAGCUGCCUGCAAGAAUUUCAGCAGCAGUUGAAAGCCAUUGAAGAGUUUCUGUCAAGUGUACCAGAGAUACUUUUCUCUAAACUAAGAGAUCAAUACCUUGAAGAGCUGACGCAAAGCAUGAUACAAAUUCAACACCGGUUCAAACUAGUUCAACAGCAGAGUGAACAAAACAGGAGAGAGCAUAGUGGUCAGCUGCGUGUGCGUCUGAGUCACCCAGCUUGUGAGAGUGAACUCAAACUGCUGGUGGAGGCUGAAGAGCAGAGACAGAAACAGCACAGACAGGCCAUCCAGGACACCAGACAGGAACUUCAGGCCUGUGUCAUCAAAAACGCAGAGGAAUCUGUCCCUGCUUUUGCCAGGUUGGCAGAGGCCCUGCUAUUUCAGUUCGACAACCUCAUAACCAUCCACGAGGUUCAAGUGGGACAUGCUGAACAAAAGGAGAAUUUUACCACUCUCCUUCGCCAGACACAAACUGGCCUUUUGCAGGAGGACAAGAGCAGUGCUGUGAUACAGAAAGGCAGCAGAACAUGGCCAGGCAUUUGUUACAUCAGGUUCACUGAUGGCAGCUCAGUACAUAAACAAUCACAGGGAACGGUCACAAUCACAACUGCUAAGACCACACUGGCACAUCUUAAGACCAUUGAAGUUCGAGACACCAUGCAUGAGCUGUAUGGGCGAAAAGUUCAGGAGGAGCUGGAUAGAGCUCAUCUGGAGUGUGACGCUCAGGAAAAAGAGCUGCAGCAGUGGCAUGAGCACUGGCAGAGUCAGCUAAAAUCCCUUGCCUCACUCAACUCCGAAUGACCAGCAGACCCUCAUAAACUCUGACAAUAUAAGCCAAGGAAUUAAACAGCAUCAAAGCGUAUGGACAGUACAGACACAUAUUUAUCUAACACAGACAACUGUGCUCCAUUUCAAAUUACCACGCUUAUCUGCUCCCAUGUUGUCGGAUUCCUAUAGUCAUUGACUAUAAUGGUCAAAAGCAUGAAUUGAAUGUAAAGUUUAAUGUUAUAAAAAUGUUUAUUAAUUGUUUUUUCUG